UUCAUCGAGAUCUCGUGUAGUGCACUGCACUAUGUUUUGUUUAUUUUUGUAUACAAUAAUCAAUUAUAACAGUGAAUGAAAAAUAAUUAACUAAAAAAAUUGUUUUAGUAAAUUUAUGAUACAUUUAGGUAGUAAUAUCUAUUUAAAAUGUCGCAAGUUGUUGACGUGUCAUUAUCUCCUGAGGAAAUAUUAGCAGAGGUUAGGAAGUUUAUUCCAGAGUCAGUGAAGCAAUGUCAACGAACGAAUUGUCCCGAAGUUACGGCUGGAGCUCUGCUUCUUUUGAAAAAUCUUCCUGCUGCUCGAGAAGCAGUCUUGGAAUAUUUACGCAAAGUAUUUUUUGUUGCGGUAAAUCGGCAAAUUCGUCAAAUCGAGAUGCAUCCAAAUUCACCGCUGACCGAAGAGCAAAUCAUGAACAAAACAGUCCCACAAAUCCACAAGGCCUUGAUUGACAUCGUCUCGAGUAAUUCUCAAGCCUGGGCACCUCUUGUGGCCAGUUGGUCGCUGGACCUUCUUGGUAAAUUGUCUUGGCGUUAUUCUAAAAGAGCAAACCUCCUCGCAGACUCGGGAAUAAACUCGUGCCUCAAAUACUGGUUGUCAUUUAAAUCUACCAGAAUAUUAGUUGACUUAUCAGCGAGAUGUAUCAAAUAUUUAUCAGAUACUGAAGCAGAAUCGUGUAUGAAUGUCCUCACGCAAUCAAUUGCUGACUACAGUCCUUAUUUUGAUUGGGUUGUCGCUCACAUUGGAAGUUGUUUUCCCCAGUUGAUUAUUAAAAAAGUUCUACUUUGGGGAUUAAAAGGCUUUUCCAUCACAGGCGUCCAGAUUUCAAAGAAUGUUUUACUUAAUUCUGUUAAAGACAUUUUGGGACAUUUGGCGGGCAGUCAUUUUUAUGAAAUCAAAGACGCACUUCUUGAUUUAUUCAAAUGGAGCUUGAACGAAAAUAUAAAUGACGAUGAUUUAACAAGAAGACAAAAAGUAGCAACAGUUCCAUAUUUAUUAAAACUUGCGUCUCUUUCACAAUUAUUACUCAAAGUAAUAACAACAGUAGUUCUUCAAACAUUAUUUCCAGUGAGACCUGACGUAAUUCCACGUCUAGCAUUAUUUGCAACAGAUUGGUGUAGUUACUUCGACAACCAGCCUGAAGUCUUGAUAAAUUUAACCGUACAUUUGGCAUUGGCUUGUGAGCAAGAAGCUUGGCAAAUAAUAAGCAUCCUCCUGGACACCAGCUUAAACACGAGCAACGUAGGUUACCAUGGAGUAAACGCAGCAUUGACUGUUAAAAAUGUUUGCCGUGAAAUCCUAGAAAUGAUUCUCCAAGAGAUAGAUUUAUUAAUGCGUAUGAACGGAACUCACAAUGCAGGAAUAGCUCUAAUGACUUCAAUAAAACAAGACUUGUCACUCGUGGUGCCCUUGCUCUUGGACCCCCAACCUCUGAGAGUCCAGACAGCAGUAAGACUAAUAUCACUUCUAGGAGCUCAGAGCCCAAAUGUAAUAAUUUCAGCGGCUUCAUUCGCCCUGAGAAAAUCUCAACAAGAUUUCCACCUCGCCGCUUUCGUCCGGUUGGUCGCUGAGAACAUUGUAAUAUUUCCUGUGAUCAAACCAGAGCCCGAGAAUUCAUUGUCAGGCCACGGGUACUUCACCCAGACUCUGGAGCAAGCUUUGAGAGACAUCCAGUACACCAGUGAAGAAAAAGACGUCGAAGCUCGGCAAUUGUUCAAAAAUUUAUCCCUGCUGCUGAAGUGGGAGAACACCAACAGAGCAGCGAUUCUUAAAUCUAAAUUAAUUUCCCGUGGGCUUCAUUCGAAUCUCGAACAGAUAGCAAGUCUUCUGAUGAAAUGCGAAGACACUGAACUGGCUCACGACAUUGCUAAGACUCUAGAUUUUCUGCAUAUUAAUGAGCAAAACGUUUACAUCUACAGUCUAGAUUUAACUUUAAAAUUAACCAGAGCAGUGAUAAGAUAUUUCUUCAUCUGCGUAGCUGAAGACAGCAUAAUUAAAAAGCAGCGUGGAGCCAAAAUAGCUCACCGACUUAUCACGUGGAUCACAUCGCGUUUUCCAUGUGCGCGAGUCCUCGCAAUUCGCGAACUUGUUGAGAACAGUAUUUACGGAGAACCGGCAAAGUAUUUCGGAGCUAAAGUUAAACCUGACGAACUAGCUAAAGACUUUUCGCUGCUUCAUCAAAAUCAUAAACACGGAACCAGUGUCAUGUUAGCUCAACGACACUCUUCAGUGUUUCACGCUGGUAUUAUUGGCGAGGGUCCAAGAAGAUCUGUACCUGAAAAUAAUUUCGAUAAAGAUAUCGUUGAUUUUAAUAGUUUGCUACUGCUAGACGCUAUUAAAGCUUGCUGUACUGAUGAAGGAUUAAGCCAGUAUCCAAAACUUGACGCUAUGACGAUGGUAAGUUUGCUUCUUGUCGAGCUAGUGUCGCCUGAUGUUAUGUACAAUGGGUUACCUUGGCCAGAUGAAGAGUUCACCAAGGUGACUGUUGAAAGAGACCUCCAGAUUCGUCGUUGGUUCAAAGAUAUUCCUCUUCUUUGGACUUUUCUGGAGUUAACUGCUAGGCACAGACCCGCUUUGACUUAUUGCUCGGUUUUACUUCGGGCUAUUGCAGCAACUGUGAUUGCUAAUUGGGAUAAUGCAGAAGGUACUCGGCUGGUCAAUGUCAUGGCACUUGGAAAAUUGCUUCCGACUCCUCUCAAUUGUCUCUCCGAUGUUUUGCCAAUUCUCACUCCUGUUCAGAUAAAUACCGUUAUGAAGGAAUGCGUUUGGGCUUACAUGCACGAAAAUGUUCCGUCUCCAGCGCUGUUUACUCUGAGCGAAGGUGCAAGUAUCGGGUGGAGAGAAGAAGACGUAGAUCCUACUUCGACGCCUAUCAUCCGAUUUACCAACACACUAAGACUAUUUUUACUCGCAAAUAUUGCCAAGACUGGUAUGCUAUACGCGACAUUUUUUUAUAAUGAAAACACAAAUUGAGUUUUAGUGUAAAUUUUUGUAAAUAAUUAUAUAAAUAUACAUAUUGUUUAUAAAUUAAUAAUUAUGAGACAUACAUUAAAUAAUGAAUAAUUAGCUAUUGAAAUUUUUUAAACUAAAUAAAAUGACAGAAAUUUAAAUAAAUUUGAAUAAAGAGGUAUGAAAUAUUAUUUUUUAAUAAAAUCACUCUUAAAAAUACAAGAGACAAAAUUAUUUUAAUUUGUAUCAUUAUUAAUAAUAAUACAGGAAUGAUGGUACCUUAGAUGAGUAUCUUUCGUUAAGAAUUACUCAACAAUCUACCCUAAGGUGGGCACCGCGUCCUGUCAAAAAUCAUGACGAAUGCACCGAGAGCUUAAAUUUUAUAAUAUAUCUAUUUAAUAAUUAUUAAAUUGUUAAACAAACGUCACAACAUAAAUGCUGACGAAAGUUAUAUUGCUGCUACUCCGCGCAUUCGCAUGAGCUAUUGUUUAGCUCGAGUAGAAAAACACCGAUUGUCUUAAUUGAGACAUUCGAUCCAACUCUAUGUACAAUCAAGUCUUGAAUUAUGGUAUGUGUUAUUAAAUGAUCAUCAGGAAGACGAUCAUGCCCCAAUUGGCAUCAACUCGAGUUUCCUCGAGUCACCUUAACCUGUAUCAAGAUUAAUUUAAUAAGUAAACUAAUAUAACUGGACGUUAAAUCUUGUGUUAUUUUUUUUUUAUAAAUAAACGUCUUUCAUAAAACGACAGACCAAAAACACUGCCAUUAAUAUCCAAGCUUGGAUCGUUUUUUUUUCUUUUUCUCUUUUUUUUUUCUUUAAAUAAAUUAUACUUAAAAUAUAUCUUGAUUGUAAAAAAAAAAAUUAUUCACUUUUAAAGUCUCUAAUUAUAUUUA